UCCACUCGCCAACCAAGCAUAUAAACUGGCGAGGACCAAAAACCAUUGCAGAUAUUUUCGCUUCAUCGUGAGGUGGCAUCUCAAGGACUCUCGCUUCCAGCUGUCAUCGAAGAGUGUUCUCCUUCCUGUUUCAAAGAUCCACGACGUGCUACUGAUUUAGCAAACAUGUCGCGUGGUAACUUGUGCAUGUCCGUGCCGAUGCUUCCGUCGCUAGUCCUGCUCGCUUUCGCUGCUGUCAGUUGUUUGUUACCGACGGAAUGUCAAGGUUCGACGUUUUACUGCCGGGGGUUCAACGUAAGCAUCACCAGCCAGCCGAUCGAGUUCCGCGCUGCCCGAGAGGCCUGCAAAGAGCAACAGAUUGAUGUUCUCCGGAUGAGGGAUCAUCGUCGGCUGCUUAGGUCUGCCUGCUACACGGACCAGCUAUCCGGUCUUCAAAAGCAAGGAAUACGCCACGUAUGGGUAAAAGAAAAACACAACUCAAUGCGUGUUAUUGAUAUUGGGACCAAUGACACCAUUGUAGAGACCAAUCAAACAACGCACGCCUUCAUUUGUGCAAAAGAUUGGAAUGAAUGCAAAUUCACGGAUGCACCUUGCCCAGAGGGCACUGAAUGUGUUAACAGCAAGGGCAGUUACAAGUGCAUUCGAUAUGAGUGCCCUGAAAUGAGAGUGGAAAAUGGCAAUUUGCUUGCUACAUUUGUGGAUCUGUCGGCCACUGCCACAUGUGAUGAGGGUCACCACUCGACGAGGAAGGUACAAUGUACAGCGAACGGCUGGGAACGAACGGAGGGCUUGUGUUCCGAUCAUCUCCGGUGCCCGAAAACAAGUAUUGCUAAUGGUGUCAUACCUGCUGGACCAGCAGGCCGUACUGUGCUGCCCACAUGUGAUGAUGGGUACACACCUCGUGGAUAUCUAGCUUGCAAUGCUUUGUUGGGAUGGAGCCUUACCACGCCAGACUUCAAUAAUCCCUACGGAAUAGAGCAGCAGUGCAGGAAAUUGAACCAGUGCUUAGUAACGAAUGCCUAUUUCAAUGUACAAGCAGUCGGUUCAAACUCACGCAGCUCAACCUACACCGACCAUCUUGAAACCUGCUUAUCCGUUGGUCGCCGCCUGCCAAAAGCCUCCGAGGUUCCCUGUCUGAAGUCUGUCCUGAGGCAGUUGCUGAAUAAGUCCCCUCAGGCAGGGUAUCGCAAUGCCUUUUUAUUGGAGGAGAGAACUGCUUAUGUCCUGAACAUGACAGAUGCUGGAGCUAUUCGUGCGUCUUCACUAUCGCCAAUGCAGAAGAAUGAAGUCGUUCCCGGGGCUGUAUAUGCUGUAUGCAUGCAAGUCUGCAAGAAGACGACUACGGACAGCGGACAAGCGACUGAAUAAAGCCAAGUGUCCAAAUACUUGGAAUAGGGCCAAUAUUAGUAUUGACCGGCAGUGCAGACAAGUUCAGUUUCAUAUGUGACAUUGUAAAUUGAAACGAAGGUUAUUUUCUACGCCAAGAGUAGCUCAUUCUCCACAUGUUCUUUGCGUCUCUAGCUCUGUUGCUUUUCAUUUGUUUUUAUUUGACAUUCUUAAAAAUAUGAACACGAGUUUUGUCUGAACUCUUAUCUUGAUCGGUUGUUUCUGGUUUUUGUUUUCUUUUGUUCUGUGUUUGAUCGGAUCAAUCCGACGUCCGCAUCUGAACACUGUAUUUACAGUAUGCUGAUGUGUGUGUGUGUGUGUGUGUGUGUGUGUGUGUGCGUGUGUGUGUGUGUUUGUGUGUGUGUUUGUAUGUGUGUGUGUUUGUGUGUUUGUGUGUGUGUGUGUGUGUGUGUGCGUGCGUGCAUGCGUGCGUGCGUGUGUGUGUGUGUGCGCGUGUAUGUGUGUGUGUGUUUGUGUGUGUAUGUGUGUGUGUAUGUGUGUGUGUGCGUGUGUGUGCGUGUGUGUGCCUGUGUGUGUGUGUGUGCGUGUGUGUGUGUGCGUGUGUGUAUGUGUGUGUGUGUGUGUGCGUGCGCUCGCAUGUGUGUGUAUGUGUGUGUGUGUGUGUGUGUGUACCAGUGAUCAAUGUGUGUCAUUGUGCAAAGGAGCCUGCACUGUCAAUCUCAGCAAGUCUAUGUUUUUAAUGACCAUCCCUGUGGCUUCAUGCGUAUUUGUUUUGCAUCUUGUUUGGAAAUUCCAAUGAUGA